AUGUCGCUUGCUAGAGCCUCUUCCAAAUACUUGUUUCCUGCUGUCGGCGCCGUCGGUGCUAUUGGCCUCGGCUGGCACUUCUACAGCUCCCGUAUCUAUAACGAUACUGCUAAGACAUUCAAGGACAAUGGCGAGUGGAUUGACUUGAAAUUGAAGGAUUCGUGGAACAUUUCCGCCAACACCAAGCACUACGUGUUCGAGUUGAACAGCCCUGAGGACGUUUCUGGCCUCGUGACCGCCUCUUGUCUUUUGGCCAAGUACGUCACUCCAAAGGGAAACAACGUGAUCAGACCCUACACCCCCGUCUCCGACGUCAACCAAAAGGGUACCAUCGAGUUCAUCAUCAAGACUUACCCAGAGGGCAAGUUCUCCAAGUACGUGUACGACUUGAAGCCUAACGACACUGUUUCCUUCAAGGGUCCAAUUGUCAAGUGGAAGUGGGAGCCUAACCAGUUCAAGCACAUUUCUUUGAUUGGAGGUGGUUCUGGAAUCACUCCUUUGUACCAAUUGCUCCACGAGAUCACCAAGAACCCCGAGGACAACACCAAGGUGGACUUGUUCUACGGAUCGUUGUCCACCCAAGACAUCUUGAUGAAGAAGGAGCUCGACAAGAUCGCUGCCGAGCACAAGGACCAGGUCAACAUCCACUACUUCGUUGACAAGAGCUCCGACGACUGGACCGGCCACACCGGCCACAUCACCAAGGACUUCUUGAAGGAAAACUUGCCUGCUCCAUCUGCCGACGCCAAGAUCUUCGUUUGUGGUCCUCCACCUUUGUACAAGGCCAUUUCUGGUCCUAAGAACUCUCCUACCGACCAGGGUGAGGUCACCGGAGCCUUGGCUGACUUGGGUUACAGCAAGGAACAUGUGUUUAAGUUUUAG